GCAUUACAAUGCCCCACUUUUUAAAAUGGUAUUCUUCAAUGUGAAACUUUGUCCAAGAACACUAAGAAACAGUGUGAAUAUAGUUUGAUAAUAUGUAAAACACCCAGCGAGGUAUUAUUGAAUAAAACAGUGAUGCACUAAUGAAUGGAAGAUGGAUAAAAUUCACACAGAUUUUUUAUUUACAUCUUCCAUUCUGCACUAUUUCAUUAUCAUCUUUCACAGUUUUUUUUAUAACAGAAAGAAAACCUUGAAUUUAUUUCACUUUUAUAAUUGUUUGAGAUCAGCUUUGAUAUAAGACUAGUGAUAUUCUGUGACUCUGAAUAGACCACCCUUUUCAGUGUUAACCAGUCCCUCUUGUUUCCAAUGACAAUCCUUACAGCUGAACGUGCAAGUUCCUGUCUUGACUUGAGAGAGAUUGAUUUGACAACCUAUGAAAUAAAGCUCAGUUUACAUAUCCUGAGCUAUUAAAAUCCCAAGUAGCCCCUCCGUGUGAGUCCUCGGAGAGUUUAGGUUAUAUUGUUGUCUACUUCCCUUUUUCAGAGGCUCAACUGUACCCAUAUAGUGGGUUAUGGGGGAGGCUACAAUUAAAUGUUGAUAUAAAAUGAGUGCUUGCAACCCAUGUCAUUCUUAUUUAGUGAAACAUAGUGUCAAAUAGUGACAACAGGAAAUGCAUGAUUCAGGGGAGAAUAUGCACCCGUUCCCUUCAGAGAGACGCAACUCCCCUUUUCUCUCUUUCCAUCUGCACACCCCUCCCUUUCCAUUGGAGAGCCCUCCCUCUCACACUCUUGCACCUCUCCCUUUGUCUAUCAAGUAUCAAGUUUGCACAGGCAAACUUUGGAAGUCCCCACCCCUACCAAACACUCAUACACACAUGCACAUGCUUGUGCAAUAUCAGUCAAGAUCUACAUGAAGGAGGACGGCAGCAUAACAACUUAAGAACUCAAUGGGAUGGACAUUCUUCCACAGGUGCUUUCACUGAGGAUUUGAGGAGCAAGCACACACACUGAACCAAACACACUUUCGACAGCAGGGGAUCAACAAUGUGAGGGUGUUUCCUGGCUGCUGACACUACGGACAGAGACUGUUUUAUGUGGGAGCCGUGAGAAGUGCCUCGCACUAUUUCUCCUCAACGGGAGCGUCGAGGAACUAGCUCCAGCUUGUCAAAACCCUAUCUGCCUCUGGCUUCCUGAGGGGAAUCCCUCUCCAUAUCUCCCUCCAUCUGCCCUAUCCCCCUCUACAGUCCUCAGCAGCUGCUAUGGACCUGACUCUGUGGCAGUACCAGUUCAGGAUCAUCAUGUUAGGGGACUCGACAGUGGGCAAGUCGUCCCUGCUGAAGCGUUACACAGAGGAGAUGUUUCUGGACUGCAUCAACCAGACUGUAGGGGUGGACUUUUACGUGCACUUCCUGGAGGUGGAGCCUGGCGUUAGGGUCAAACUGCAGUUCUGGGACACAGCAGGCCAGGAGAGGUUCAGGUCAGUGACUCGGUCCUACUUCCGUAACUCAGUGGGGGGCCUGCUGGUGUUUGACCUGACUAACCGUGCCUCCUUUGAGCAUGUGCAAGAGUGGCACGCAGAGGUGUGUGAACAUGUGCAGCCCCACACAGUGCUGUUUGUACUUGUGGGCCACAAGAAUGACCGGGUGGCCCAGGGAGAGCGGGUGGUGGGCCAUAACGAGGCUGAGAAACUGGCAGGACAGCUGGGGAUGCCCUACAUCGAGGCGUCGGCUAAGACUGGUCAGUGUGUGACGGAGGCUUUCGAGCUGCUGACCCGCCGGGUGUACCAGGGCUUGCUGAGUGGGGAGGUGCAGCUACAAGAGGGCUGGGACGGGGUGAAGUGCUUGGCUCCACGUGCAACCUUAGCACAGCUACAAAAUCCCAAGAUCAAUAUAUCCAACAACAGAAGGUGCUGUUCCUGAGUUGCUGUAUUGUCAUGUAUGCCAUGUCACAAUGCCUCUCUUGAAAAACUGACUGCCAUAUUGGAUAAAAGAUCAUAAAAUAAUCUUGACUUGAGGCUCUUCACCGGAUGAGAAUAAGUUUUACAAGAUGGGCAUUACCUAUUGUGACAAUAUUUCAGAACAUGGAAAUAGACAUAACACAUGUAAAAGACUUGCAAGUGUGUGUACAGGGACUUUUCUGAAGGAGGUCGUUAGUUUGUCAUCCAGAAUCGAGAAACAUUAUCACAGUGGUAUUACAGUUAAGGAAAUCUAGUCAAAUCUCUUUACCCUGAAUAGUGAUAUACUGAUGUAAUCCAUUUAUGUAGAAAGUGAACUCCGAAAUACUCAAGGUUCCAACAAAUGAGAAAGAACAUGACUUAACACUGAAAUAAACACACAAAUCAAAUGCCAAGUGAAAUAUGAAUCUUGUUUUAUUUAUGGAAUAAAAAGGAACAGGUUUAACUAAAACACGGCCAUAUGAAGUAAAACAAAAUGUUACUGCUUCCCUACACAUCUCCAAAUAAGGACCAUUACCCAACCCCAUCUCACGGCAGUCUGGCGAUACAAGCAAUACUUCACAUACUUAUUAUUUUUGAAUAAUAAUCAGUUAAUUGUUGACAUCUUAUGAAAAACAAUGUCCUGGGUAAUUUUCUAACGAACUAUGAAGAUGACAUCAGAUCCCUACAGCACACAAAAACAUAGUGCCAUGAAAGUACCCUGAAAACUAACUAACUGCAAAAGGUGUACAUUUCUGAUGUUAGAUGAAGGGGGUUUAUGUGACAAAGACUAAAUGCACAACAGCAAACGCAUGCCAGACAAAAUAAAAUAAAAAAAGUGGGAAAGAGUAUGGUAACCACCACCAUAUUGAAGGUGUGUGUGUUUGAUGGUUACCCCCUGAACAAAAAUGUAAAGUUGAACAGAUAAUUCUAAAAACAAAA